AUGGCCGUGGCGAUAGGCAGAUGUAAGGGAGUACAAAUGUCGAAAACAAAAUGUCGACAACAAAACGUCGACAAAAAAAUGUCGAUAGAUAAAAUGUCGACAGAAUUGUCAAUAUCCUAUCAUAUAUCUCCAUCAUGUAAUUCAAUGUGUCAAAAUAAUGGUACAUGUAUUAUUGAAAAUGGUUACAAAUCUUGUUUAUGUUCACAAGCAUUUAGUGGACAACAAUGUGAAAUAAAUAUCGAUGAAUGUCAAUCAUCUCCAUGUAAACAUGGUGGCAAAUGUAUUGAUGGAUUAGGCCAGUUUAUAUGUUCAUGUUCAAUAGGUUAUAGUGGUUCCUUAUGCGAAAUCGUUCUUGAUCCAUGUUUAAGAAAUCCUUGUGAAAACAAUGGUACGUGUCUUCGCCUUCAAACAUCAACAUUUUCUUCUGAAAGUGCAAAUAAUUUUCAAUGUGUAUGUCCACCCGAUUAUUCUGGUCGUUAUUGUCAAUUGUAUGUCAAAGAUUAUUGUGCCUCAUCGCCAUGUUAUUCCUAUGCCACCUGUAUGAAUUUACCUCAUCCAAAUCAAGGUUAUUUUUGCUAUUGUCCACCGUCACAUCCACCAUCAACAUCGUGUGAUCGUUCACGUCCAAAUUCAGUUCAAACAUCAAAAUUAUGUAAUCAACGAGAACAAUGUGUAUAUGGAAACUGUACAAAUGAACGAUGUUCAUGUUUUCAUGGUUGGACAGGUGAUAAAUGUGAUAAAGAUAUUGAUGAAUGUUUACACAAUCCCUGUCCCAAGCAAGGAACAUGCUAUAAUACACUGGGAUCCUAUCUAUGUUUAUGUCCAUCAACUUUGGCUACACCAACAUGUCAAAGUGAAAAAUCAAAUAAAUGUAGUGAGUUUACAUGUUUAAAUGGAGGAACCUGCAAUUUUCUUGUAGGCAAUGCUUAUUGUCGUUGUUCACCAUCUUAUUAUGGUUUUUAUUGUGAAUUAUACAUCGGUACAAAUGAUCAAUCAAAACAAGAUGAUUAUUGUUUAAUAAAUAAAUGUGCAUCAAAAUCUCAAAAUGGUCAAUGUGAUCAAGAAUGUAAUGUUGAAAUAUGUGACUAUGAUAAAGGUGAAUGUUCAUUUAAUCGACAACCGUGGCACAAAUGUAAACAAGCAAAGUUAUGUUCACAAUUAUUUAAUAAUGGACGAUGUGAUCAACAAUGUAACACAAAAGAAUGUUUCUACGAUGGUGGAGACUGUGAACAACAAAAAUCACACUGCAAUGUAACCUAUUGUGAUAACGUUAUCGGUAAUGGAUUAUGUGAGUCAGACUGUAAUACACCUCAAUGUAAUUUUGAUUAUGAAGAUUGUCAACAGAAACCAACAUCAUUUUCAAAUGAUUUAUUAGGAACAAUUAUAUUUGAAGUAAAAUUAGAUAAAGAUGAAUUUGAAGAUAAAAAAAUUAAUUUUACAAAUGCUCUAGCUGAUAUUCUUCGAAGUCAAGUUAAAGUGGCUUUGAAUAAAGAUGGAAGUGAGCUUAUAUUACCAUCGUACAAAGAUAAAACAAAACAAUUAGGAACUAAGAUCUAUUUAAAUAUAUUAAAAACGUCGUGUAAUAAUAAAACCAGUAGUAAUAAACUCAAUUGUUUUGAUUCUAUUCAACAAGCUGGAGAUUAUUUAUCUGCUCUCGAACAACAAGGAAAACUUGAACGUUUACUUCAAGGUGUUCCUGUAAAACAUUUAAAUAUUGUUCCGGAAAGUGAACAAGUCAAAGAUCGAUCAAAAUUAAUUUAUUUACUCUUUUUUAUUCCAUGUUUUCUACUCAUUGCUGCUCUGGUAUCCUAUACAAUCAUUCGUCGACCAAAAAUCAUUCAUGCUCCAAUUUGGUUUCCACCAUGGGCAACGACAACAACAACAACAGCACCAACAAAAGAUCAAUAUAUUGUGGGAAAUGGUUAUGAUAAAAAUAAUAAUAAAAUACAAAAAUCAUCGAAAAAAAUUAAUGAACUCGAACGUGAACAAUCACAACCAAAAACCAAACGUCAAAAGUUAAAUAAUGAAGAAGAACCAUAUAUUACUAUACCUACACCACCAAGUGAACAAUCAACAUUGUUAAUUAAUCAUCCAGGACCAAAUAAUAUUACACCAAUUGCACUAGCAAUUAUGAAACGAAAUCCAUUAGGAAAAGAAGAUUCCACGGAACGAUUUGAAUUAGAACUUUUAAUUAAUAAUGGUUGUGAUUUAAAUAUUCGAUUACCACCAAAUGAUGAAACAUUACUUCAUUUAGCUUGUCGUUACUCUCGUAUAGUAGCAUGUGAAAUAAUCUUAAAAUAUGAAGAAGAUUUAAUUAAUUCUCGUGAUGUUAAUGGUGCUACACCAUUAUUAUAUGCUGUUGGUACAGGAUUAUUACAUAUUGUUCAAUUUCUUUUACAAUAUCCUAAAAUUGAUGUUAAUACAUGUACAUACAUUAGUCAAACAUCAUAUGAACAACCGUGUGGUGAUAAUCCAUUACGAAAAGCCAUUCGAUUAGAAAUGAAUGAUAUUGCUGAAUGUUUACUUUUAACACGACAAGAUAUUCAAGUUGAUGCUCAUGACAGAUACGAUAAGACAGUUAACGGUGAGGAAAAAGAACCGCGUGGACGAACAGCGUUACAUUGGGCCGCAUCUGUCGACAAUAUUGAAGGCGCUGAACUAUUGUUAAAGAAUGGAGCAAAUAUCGAAGCGUUAGAUGAAAAUGAUGAAACACCAUUGUUUAAAGCUGCUGGUUGUUUAAAUUUUGAAACGACAAUAUUUUUAUUGAGAAAUAAUGCCAAACAACAAGUUAUUAAUUCGUCUGGACAAACACCUCAAGCCGUAGCGUAUAAAAAUUAUCUUUCUCAUAAAAAUGAACAAUAUUUAAAGAAUAUCAUACCACAAUCACAAGCUGAAAUUAAUUUUCAAAAAUGGUUAUUCGGACAUUUCCCAUUACAAUGUGAUAUAAACUCUGGUGUUAAUACAAAUCGUAAAAAGUCCAAAAAACAGUUGACUAAUACUACACGUAAUCAAUGUAAAAUGGAAGUGCCAUCUAUUCCAACACCUGCAGCAUCAUCAUCACAUUAUAUAUUAUCACCACCUAUGUCAUUCAAUUUUCAUCAUCAACAACCACAUCUCUCAAUGAAACAUCAACAACAGCAACAACAAUCACUGUCAUCAUCUUCCUACAAUUGUUAUCCUACACCAUCAUCGACAAAUCAUUAUUCAAUGUCAUUUUUAAACGAUCUAUCAUCAUUUUCAACACCAACAUCGUUAUAUGAAAUAAAUAAUACUGAAUUGUACUCACACAUUCCCACUCCGUCAUAUUAUGAUUUUCAUUGUGUAUAG